AUGGGUUUCUUGGGAGUCUACAAGGCCGUAUAUGAUUACGUGCCGCAGGCUGAGGGCGAGCUCGCCAUCAACGACGGAGAUGUUCUCUAUGUACUCGAGAAGAAUGCCGAAGAUGACUGGUGGAAAGCCAAGAAGAAGGCCAGUGCCGAUGACGAAGAAGAACCAGAGGGGCUCGUCCCCAACAACUACGUUGAAGAGGCGCAACCCGUCGCAAAGGCACGCGCACUGUUCGAAUACACCCGGCAGACCGAUGAGGAGCUUUCCUUCCCCGAGGAUGCCGUCCUCGACGUAUACGACACGUCGGACCCUGAUUGGAUCUUGGUUGGCCUAGACGGCGAUUUUGGCUUCGUGCCAGCCAACUACAUUGAGAUGAGCGAAGCCGAGCAGCCCGAGGCUCUACCCUCACCCCCUCCAAUGCUGCCGUCUCGUACUGCGUCUGCCGCUACCGACGCAGACAGCUACUCCGAAAGGCCUGAGUCCACCUAUUCACCCGCUAGCUCCCAGGCCAACAACCCUGCCGCAGCUCUUGCAGGUGUUAUGGCCGGCCGUUCUGCGCCUCCUCCGCGUGCCGCGACCCCUCCCUUGUCACCGCAGUCUCCUGCUUCGGAGCUGUCAGACGACGAGCCGGUCAAAAGCCCGGCUCUGCCCGCAAGACCGACCUCCCAGGCUGCACCCGCACGCAUCCAGUCUCAGAGGUCAAUAGACACUCACCUAUACGACACCCCGGAAGUCAUAGAGGAACCACCCUACCGCGCCCCCGGUGGUUUCCAUAUGUACAACAUCAAUGAAAUGGUGUCCGUAAUGGGCAAGCGCAAGAAGAUGCCCACUACCCUCGGCAUUAACCUAGCGACAGGGAACAUCUUGAUUGCCCCUGAACGUGCGUCGGACGGUCCGUCUCAAGAAUGGACGGCGGAGAAAAUGACACACUAUUCUCGCGAAGGGAAACACGUCUUCCUAGAGCUUGUGAGGCCGAGCAAGAGUGUAGAUUUCCAUGCUGGUGCCAAAGACACGGCCGAGGAGAUCGUCGGCGCUCUGGGCGAACUGGCUGGGGCCGUUAAAGCUGAAGGGCUGCGCGAGGUCAUCCUGGCAGGCUCCGGAAAGACCCAAAAGAAGGGUCAAGUGCUCUACGACUUCAUGGCUCAGGGUGACGACGAGGUGACUGUCGCUGUUGGCGACGAUGUCAUCAUCAUUGACGACUCCAAGAGUGAGGAAUGGUGGCAAGUUCGACGCGUUAAGAAUGGAAAGGAGGGCGUCGUCCCCAGCAGCUAUAUCGAGGUCACAGGCUCCAUCGCACCACCCUCAAGCAACACCGGUUUGAACGCGGCGAGAUCGACUGUCGAACAGAACCGCCUGGAAGAGAUUAGGUUGACAAAAGAGGCUGUCAAGGCCGCUCAGCGAGACAGCUCACAGCAGGUAGGGCCAGGAAUGCCUCUACCAAAGCGAGGCAGUAGUCUUAUGGCAAGAGAAAAUGGUAAUAACUAUGGGCAGCGGAGCAAACGAGAAAACGGACGUAGCGAAGGCGGCAGCCAGGGCCGGUCUGGCAAAUCCAAGCCCGAUCCCGCUAAAGUACGCACGUGGACAGACCGUUCGAAAUCGUUCAGCGUCGACGCGCAAUUUCUGGGGCUCAAGGACGGCAAGAUUAACUUGCACAAGAUGAACGGUGUCAAGAUUGCAGUCCCUGUUGCCAAGAUGUCGGUCGAAGAUCUCGAAUAUGUCGAGCGUGUCACGGGCAUUUCUUUGGAUGAGGAUAAGCCGCUAUCAAACGUCAAGAAGACCAGGGCUUCCCAGACCGGUGCAGCCAGGGACUCGCCCCCCGCCGGACUGGGCGCCUCCGUGGGACAACCGCAGAAGCCUGAGUACGAUUGGUUCCAGUUUUUCCUUUCCUGCGAUGUUGCUGUGGGAUUGUGUGAACGAUACGCCCAGGCCUUUACCAAGGACUCAAUGGACGAAAGCGUUCUCCCGGACGUCGAUGCCUCGGUACUUCGUAACUUGGGUCUUCGCGAGGGAGACGUCCUCAAGGUUAUGCGAACAUUGGAUCAGAAGUUCGGCCGCACGAAGAACGGCGCCGAUAAAGCUAAUGGUGAAGGCGACGGCGCUUCUGGAGGUCUCUUCUCCGGCCCCGGCGGUGCCCUGCGGAACAACACCAGAAAGGGCAGGCCAGCCCCUGCGGUUCAGACAAGUGACGUUGUUGACCCUAAGGCGUUUGCCGCGAAAGGCGCUGGCUCCAGCGAGGAUGCUGACUCCACGCCUGCCUCGGCCUCUGCAACUCCAGCGACAGCCAAGACACCAAGCGGCUUCGACGACGAUGCAUGGGACGUAAAGCCGUCGAAGCAACCACAAGAGCCGCCGCGCCCCGCAGCUCCACCGACACCUGCACCUGUGCAACAUCCUGCCCAACCUGCGGAACAGCCAGCUCCGGCUGCACAAGUGCCAGCUCUCACUGGCUCUAUGCAGGAUCUGUCUCUUUUGACAAAACCUUUAGAGCCGCAGCGGACAGCUCAGCCGACGGGACCGAGUCCGGCCGUCAGCCAACCGCCGGCGCCGGCGCAAGCUCCCCAGCCCACAGGAGCUACACCGUCAUUCUUCGAUACAAUACGGCCGAACCCUACUGGCAUGCAGACACCACAGCAAACUAUUCAAAGGCAAAGACCGGCUCCACCGCUUACCACCACGAGUCCUGGCUCUCUGAUGCCUCCUCCGCCUGCGAGACCUCUGUCAGCGCCCCAAUCGGCCCAGCCAAGUGCCUUCGCUCCCCCGCCCUUGAUGCCUCAGAUGACCGGCAUCUCCCCUCAGGCUUUCCAGACGCAAGUCGCACCGCCAGGCCAGAGCUUGAACGACAUCAAUCAGGCGCGUUUGCAUCAGCAGUAUACCAUGCAACAGCAGAUGUCCCAGCAGCAGAUGCCCCAGCAGCAGAUGAAUCCUUACCCGAUCCCUCAGCAGCAACCGGUCCCAGAGGUCAUGGGCUUUAACCCGGGCAUGCAGCAAACUGCAAAUGCAGCCAAUGAUGACGGGUGCGCCUUCUCAAAGUCCUUUCGCGGACCCCAGCGACAAAGCCAGUUCUCUCCGAUGCAGGCACAGCCUACUGGCUUCCAGCUUGGUGCGAUGCAAGGCUUCAAUGCUCAACGAACUGGUAGCAUCAACUCCUUCUUGCCUCCUGCCAUGGAGCCGCAAAGAACCGGCCUACCGGGAUUCCAGCCUCAGCAAACCGGCAUGAGCGGCUUCAACAGUAUGGGUGGUACUGGCCCUGUGCAGCCUGCAGUUCAGCCUUUGCAACCGCAGAAGACAGGCCCUCCCCCGCCGGUCAGAUUCGGCGUCACAGGAGAUGCGAAGAAGUUGAUGCCGCAGGCGACAGGCCGGCGGGCUAACCUCUCUCAAGCAAGUAAGUCAACAAUGCCGCGCACGCCAUGGCUAAGAUACCCAAGAGGACUCGGCUAA